AGCCUUCUGCUGGAGAGACUCCAACAGGAGGAGGAGACAAGAGUAACCAUCUACUCCAGCCUGCAGGAAGUCUUGCAGGGGGACAUAAAGAGCCUAGAUAGGAACCUUGUCAGGAGGAUCAUCCACUUGGCCUCCAAAGACAUGAGGGAGACCCAGCAAGAAAAUGAUGAAGUGCAGUUGGCUGCAGGAAAAACCCUCGUGGCACUUGCCGGCACCUUUUACAAUUGGGUGAUGUAUGAGCUGCAGUGUCACAUGGGCAUCAUGGAGCUCCCUCCAAUUUACUUCUUGAUUACACUGGGCGACGUGGCCUCAGCCUAUGCACUGAGGUCUGAGCCCUUCCUUGUGCUGACGCUCAGCAAAUUGCGUUUUGUGCUGAGGCUGGUGGAGACCGACCAGAUGAAGCGGGCGCUGUGUGGAGUUGUGGAAGGCUUUGCCCGGGCUGCCAACCUGAAAUUCCACAUCGGGGAUGAGAGCCCAUUCCCCAGCUGUCGGGCAGCCAACUACAGUUUUCAUGUGCUCCCUUUCUUGAACUUCAUGAGCAGCAGCUGGCUGACAAGCGAGGACCUGGAGCUGCAGCAGGCUGCGGUCAAGGUGCUGGGACCCGCAAUGGGCCUCCUUCUCCACCAUGAGAGGCAGUGCAAUACUGUUUUUGAGAGGCUCCCCUGUCUCCUACAGCAAUACGAGGGAGGGGUCGACAAUCUUCAUGUCACCAUGGUGAAAUGCCACCUAGGAAACCAGCAUUUGCUCUUGUCUGUAUGCGUGGGUGUGCGCACUGGCACACGUGCAUGCAUGUACGACUUGCCCUAG